CCUUUGGUGAGAAAUGAGGUCAAAAUUUGCGUGAAAUUAUGAAAAUAUGACUCAGGUGUUGUGACUUUAGCCACCGCCGUCUAUUUUCGCAGACAUGUCUGUUUGAAUGACAGUGCUUUUCUAGACAACUAAUAUGGCGGGUGCAAUGUUGUUUGAAAGAGCGCAAUCUGUUUCUAAUUCGAACCAUGAGAAACUAUUAAAACUGAAACGUGACAGCGAAGACCCGGACAAUGACGAAGAAAAUAUCAAAAGUAAAGAACAAGACAUCCUCAACUUGGGGGAGCAGUACAAGAAGGAAGGUAAGGCCAAGGAACUCGCCGAGUUGAUCAAAGCCACCCGACCCUUCCUGAGCAUGAUAAGUAAGGCAAAAGCGGCAAAAUUGGUGCGUUCCCUCGUCGAUUUUUUCUUGGAUCUCGAAGCGGGCAUUGGUAUCGAGGUGCAGUUAUGCAAGGAAUGCAUCGAAUGGGCCAAAGAGGAGCGCAGGACCUUCCUGCGACAGAGCCUCGAGGCGCGCCUCAUCGCGUUGUAUUUCGACACGGGGAUGUUCACAGAGGCCCUCCAGCUCGGUUCAACCCUCCUGAAAGAACUGAAAAAACUCGACGAUAAGAAUCUGCUCGUGGAGGUGCAACUCCUGGAAAGUAAGACAUAUCAUGCCCUCAGUAACCUGCCCAAGGCACGUGCGGCCUUGACCUCAGCACGGACGACGGCUAAUGCAAUCUACUGCCCCCCGAAAAUGCAAGCUGCGUUGGACCUCCAGUCGGGAAUCCUUCACGCCGCCGACGAGAAGGAUUUCAAAACCGCCUAUUCGUACUUCUACGAGGCCUUCGAGGGCUUCGACAGUGUCGAGUCCCCGAAGGCCUUGACCGCGUUGAAAUACAUGCUCUUGUCGAAAAUCAUGCUCAACAACCCAGAAGACGUACAACAGAUUGUAAGUGGCAAAUUGGCGAUUAAGUACGCGGGGAGAGACAUCGAUGCCAUGAAAGCCGUCGCACAAGCUUCACACAAAAGGUCGCUCGCCGACUUCCAGCUGGCCGUCAAACAGUUCAAACACGAACUGGAAGACGACGUUAUCGUCAGAGCACAUCUUGGGACGUUAUACGACAAUAUGCUCGAACAGAACCUUUGCAGGAUUAUUGAGCCUUAUUCGAGAGUCCAGGUCGAUUAUAUCGCCAAAACGAUAAAGCUGCCCAUGCCACAAGUCGAAAAGAAGCUCUCGCAGAUGAUUCUAGAUGCCAAAUUUCACGGCAUCUUAGACCAAGGAGAAGGUGUCUUAAUUGUUUUUGAAGAAACUCCUGUAGAUAAAACAUAUGAAAUGGCGCUAGAAACAAUACAGAGUAUGAGCAAAGUAGUAGAUACGCUUUAUCAAAAGGCUAAAAAGUUGUCAUAGGCUAUUUGUAAUUAUUAUUUAAAAAAUGAAAAAUAAAGUAAAACAGACUGUA